AAUAUGCCCAAAAUGCGGGAUCUAAUGUGCAAUUCCUCCGCGAAAAAACGGAACUAUAUCUGAGCGAAACGCAGAAGCACCUACAGCAAAGACAGUCGUAGUAAGAUUGUGUGUAUUGGAUAGCCCUAGCCUAGCCAGGCAGCCAGGCAAAGGAAAACCACACAAAAAUGAGCGGUCGCGGUAGCCGUAAGCGCGGUCGACCGCCAAAGACGCCAAAUGAGCGGACUUCUUCUGGACGCUUCAGUUAUCAAUUGCUCAAAAAGCCGAAAUAUCUCAGCGAAGGAAAAUCGCAGGCAAGCACACCGUCCGCUUCGCGCGGCAUUUCCCCGCAAAGCGACGAGUGCAGUCGCAGCAGCCAUAACAAUCACAGCCGUGGGAACCGUGGCAGUGCCGCCAAGAGAGGACGCGGCCGCAAGUCGAACGUGCAACCCAACACCAGCAACUACUCCGGAAGAAAAGGGUACGAGUCGGAAUACCACUACGGAUCGGACUUCGGAGACUCCGAUGAGGAUAAAACCGAUAACGAGGAUGACCUAUUGCUAACGCCCAGCGAUGACGAAAGCUUGGAUGCGGGCAACGAGAGUGAGUCGGAAUUUUCCGUGUGCAGCUUCACCCAGAAUGGAGUGGGUCGGCCGCCACGUCCGCCCAGUCCGGAGCCCAUCUGGCUGCAAGAGGGACGGAAGUAUGCCGCCCUGGAUUUGCCGGACUCAUCGGAGGACUUGUCCAUGGCCAACGCACACGUUUUGCGCGCCCUCAGCAUCUACGAAGUGCUGCGACGUUUCCGGCACUUGGUUCGUCUCUCGCCGUUUCGCUUUGAAGACUUCUGUGCGGCCUUAACUUGCGACGAGCAGAGUGCUCUCUUGUCGGAUGUACACAUAAUGCUGCUGAAGGCGAUCCUGCGCGAAGAGGACGUCCAGGGCACACACUUUGGGCCGCUGGAUCAAAAGGAUACGGUCAACAUUAGUCUGUACCUCAUCGAUGCCAUCACCUGGCCGGAAGUUCUGCGCAGCUAUGUGGAGAGCGACAAGACAUUUGAUCGUGAGGUCUAUCAUAUCCUGAGCCGAUCAGAAUAUCCAUACACCGGCAUUGAAAACCGUCUGGCCGUGCUGCAGUUCUUGGCGGAUCAGUUCUUGACAGCCAAUUCCAUACGCGACGUAAUGCUCCAGGAGGGACCCAUUCACUACGACGACCAUUGCCGAGUCUGCCAUCGACUUGGAGACUUGCUCUGCUGUGAAACCUGCCCAGCAGUCUACCACUUGGAAUGUGUGGAUCCGCCAAUGAACGAUGUGCCCACUGAGGACUGGCAGUGCGGAUUGUGUCGCUCGCACAAGGUCAGUGGCGUCAUUGACUGCGUGUUGCCCCAAGAGAAGCAGGGCGUAUUAAUCAGGCACGACAGCCUGGGAGUCGAUCGCCACGGCCGCAGAUAUUGGUUCAUUGCCCGGCGAAUUUUCGUCGAGGAUCAAGUGGACUCCAGCUGUUGGUACUACAGUACAACGAAUAAGUUGAAGCUACUGCUCAAACGAUUGGAUCCUGAAGAACUGGAGACGCGCCUGCACGCCCAGCUAACGGAGCGCCGCGAGGAGAUCGAGCGCCAGAUGAAGUUGACAGAGUCGCUCACCAACGAAAAUAAGCACACCAAGCGCAGUUUGAUAGACAUGGAGCAAGAGGCUACGAAGGAACUACUAGACAAGGAGACCCUGGACGGUACGGCCGAAGCCGAGUCCGACCGCAAAUCCGACGACCAGUCGGCAGAGGCAGCGAAAAGGUCGGAGGAGACCAAAAUGGUCACGCGCCAGAAGACCAGCCAACUGAACAACGGCACGCUUUACUUUAAGCUCGGCAUGGAACAAGGAUUCAAGAACUACGUCAACCAGUACGCCUCGAAUCCCAUAGCCCUCAACAAGCCGCAGCGCAACGAGGAGCGGGACAAGCGACGUCACCUCUCGCACAAGUUUUCUCUGACAACAGCCUCCGACUUCAAAUGGAUCGGCAUCACGAUGGGCACACCCGAUAACAUGAUUACAACGCUCAGGCAGACGCUGAUUAAUUUUGAAUCGAACAUAACGCCGCCGUUCCUGAACCCGAACUGGCAGGUCAACAAGAAGGUCUGGAACACGGCCGUCAUGAACGCCCGACACGCCACUGACUUUGCGACUGUGCUGCUGCUGUUUCAAUCGUCGCUAAAGAGUGUGGUCUUCGCGAACGUUUGGCACGAACAGCUCGGCCACAGAGCCUUGCAGCGCAUCACCAGCGCCGAGCGCGAAGAGCGCAAGAAGCUGGAGAAGCGCGAGAAACGGGAGCGCGACGACGAGGAGGAACGCAAUCGACUGGCAUUUAACUACAUCAAGUAUUCCCUGGGACUGAAGCACCAGGUGUGGAAGCAGAAGGGAGAGGAGUAUCGUGUGCACGGCCAGUGGGGCUGGCUGUGGCUCUCGAGCAGUCGACGCUGCGGAAUUCGCGCCAGACGGGCCCAUCCCCGAGCACACAACAGAGUUUUCGUCCACUACACCAUGGGAGACGAGAACGACGUCAACGAGAUUGUCCUGGUCGAUCCACGCACGAAGCGGUUCAUGCAGCAGUGCGAGUCGAACAGUGUCGACGGCCAGAUGUGCCCCUAUCUGCCGGAGGAGUACACGAACGUGAAAGUGGUCGAGGAUGUUGACAAGCUGGCGAGCGUCAAGGGCAUCAUCGACGUCAGCAAAGCCCUGAACGACCCGGGACGUGUCUACUACCCGAAGCUUGCUCGCAAAUGCUGGAUCGACGACCUAUUGGAGCGACGCAAGAAAUUGGCCAAGGUCGAGGAGCAGCUCGCCUUGAAGGGAGUCACCGACGUGAAGCCCUUCGCCAUACCAUCGUCGGGCAGUGCGGCAGCCGCCGGCAAGCAGACCUACUUGGAAAAGUGCCUGCUGCGUCUCACGGAAGUGUCGGCAAAGGGAGGGUCGGCCAACGUCAAUUUUGAGCUCGUCAACUCGCUGGCCAAGCAGAUCCAGACGGUGCGCCUGCAGUUCAGCCAGCUCAACCGCUUCGCCAAGACCUUCCGCUGCUACACCAAGGAGUGCAACACCAACUCGAACGCCGUAUCUCAAAUCACACAAAACACGUGCUACUCGCCGCUGUGUCUGCAGAAGGCCCGUGCCAAGAAGGAACUUCUGCUGCUGCUGCGGAAGGCGCACACCGCGGGCAACGGCUCCAAGGAGACGGUGGCCGCCAUCCUGGGUGCCGUCAAGAAGCCCUCUAUUCUCGAACAGAAGCUGACCGAAGGCAAGCGGGAAGCCACUCAGCUUUCAGUCGACGAGUCGGAUGAUGCAAAGGCGGCGGAAACCGAAGCGCCGCUGGACCUGCUCCAAGACUGGGAGCAGGCUCGCGCGCACUCUGUGGCCUUCACUGAGCAGCUUUUGAGCGACUGCCUGCUGGUGGAGCCAGAUCUUCCCAACAAUGCCAGGGUCAAGAAGGAGGAGGAGAUGGUCCCCGGAAGCAGCACGAACGCCGACUCCAGCACGCAAGACUCGGACAAAAUGGACUUCAUCGAAAGCAUGGACGUUUGCAGCAACGUGGAGAUCGAGAGCACUGAGGAUUCGAUUGUUACGGCGAUAAACACCUCGUGCUUGGACGCCAGCGCCGAGGACGUAGACAUGCGCCCCGGAUCGCGUCGAAAACGUUUCCAAAAGUCGAAGAAGGCCUACAUCGGAACCAAGGACGUGUUGGAUCACACGCUGGACAAGGAGAUACCACUCAAGCAGAAUCGCCGUUUUCGCAUCAGCUCUCGUCCGGUCAAGCGCGACUGCUGCACGAAAUACGAGCGGGAGUACUUCGAGAACGGAAAGGAGCGCGUCUACAGCGCUGUCUCGCCGCGUGGGCGUGUCUAUCUGAUCAACGACUGGUCCAAGCUGUACGACCAGGCCGUUAAGAGCGAGGACAAGACCACGGUCAUGAAGAAGGCCACGUACGCCAGGUACCCUCUCAUCUCCAACUUCCUUACGCACAAAAAGAAGCGCAGCCUGUUGGUUCUGCCGCGCUACGAGCUCCGAAAGCUGGCGCGUCUGGGCGGACGAUCGGCCACGAAUGGCUUCCACCACGGGGCCAAGAACAACUCCAUUUGGCAGUAUCAGUGCUCGCGUCCGCUCUUCCGAACCUGCUGGUCCUACCGCACGUGCAACGCCACCACGCUGUCCUGCAUUGCCCUCCAGCUGCGGAUAUUGUGGUCCUGUCUGCGCUGGGACGACAUGAUAGCCAAGCCGCCGUCUACCGAUGGCAAACAUCAGGUGACAACCGAGACGGAAAUUGUCACCCUGGAGCUGUUGAAGCUGCGCCAUGCAGGCCGCUACGGCGAGAAAACCAGCUACUUGCGGCGCAAAGUUGUGAUCCCUCUGGAGAUGCCAAAGACGAUUAGAGAGGUCACGUCGAUACGGUCUGGUCUGCGCAAACGGAAGCGCGCUGAAUCUCCGCAGCCAACCGAGCCGCAAAUAAGCGAGGAGUGGGUCGAGGAGGACAAGCUCGAGCUGUGGGAAAUCAAAUUCAUAGGCGAGAAACAGGAAAAGGCCCGCCUGUCCACAGUGACGCGUUCUGUGGCAUCGCGGCAGCUGGAGUCGACCGGCGGCGGUAGUCCGGGCACAUCCACCAACGGAACGCUGGUCGGUGCCGGUCGUGUCCAGCUGGCCCCGAAGCCCAACGAAGACGUUAAGGAGAAAAUGGAACAGCAGUUGAAGCUACAAAGAGCCGCGCAUCAGCAACGGAAGGUCAUCGCCACAGGCGAGCUAGCCAGGGCCGGAACUCCAGUCAAAGGCCAGAUAAUUGGCAGCAGGCGCGUAAUCGUUAAGAAUCCAGAUGGCACCACGCGAAUCAUCCAGCAGGCAGUCACACAAGUGGCCCGAGCGGCCCCAGCGAACGCGUCGUCAGCCGCCGCUUCCCACUCAGCGCAGAGCACAUCCAACACACAGAGCACGCAGUCGGCACCCACCCCGCACAAGGUACAAAUCAUCCGUGGCCCGGAUGGCAAGGUGAGCGUGAGGGGACUGAACCCUGGACAGCAGCUGGUGCAAAUGCCGGACGGAAAGCUGCACGUGUUGACAACUUCAUCGAGUCCGGCGACCCAAGGAUGCAAAGGCAAGGUAUUACCCAUCAAAUCUCUACCCACACAAUCGUCCACAGCCGCAACGUCCACGUCGGCCGCUGCAACACUAGCGGCACCCGCAGUCAAACAAAUGGCCGUGAAACAUGUCGCAAAGCCUACCGGGGCCCAGUCAAUAGCGUCACAGCGGGUUGCCCUACCUCUCGCACAGAUAAAGAACAAAAUGCUGAUGGCCCAGCAGCAACAGGUGUCGGCAGCAGCAGCAGCGGCAGCCACAUCGGCGCCCCCAGUGCAGAAAAUUGUGACGAAAGUCGUCAACUCGAGUGCCGCCGGACAGAAUAUGCAGCAAGUAUUCGUGCAACCUGGCUCCAAGCUGGUAGUUGGUCAGAACGCUCAGGGACAAAAGGUUAUCAUAUCCGCCUCGUCCACACAAGCGGCCACAUCGGCAGUGCAACAGCAGCAGCAAAUUGUACAGACUCAAGCCCUGCCACAGCAAAUCCAACAGGCCCCCCCACAGCAGCAAUCGCAGCAAAUGGCGAUCAACCAGGUGGGGAGUCAACCAACACAGAAAGUAAUACAGCAAAUCGUUAACACAAGUAAUGUCCAACAACAGAUAGUGAUAGGGGGGCAGCGCAUCAUUUUGAGCCCCGGUCAGACUAUUGUUACGCAGCGAAAUGUGCCGCAAAGCCAGGCCCUGCAAAUGGUCCAGCAACAGAUUCAAACCCAGCAGCAGCAGCAGCAACAGCAACAGCAGCAGCAGCAGCAACAACAGCACCAGCAGCAGCAGCAGCAACAGCACAUUGUGCAGCCACAGCAGCAAUAUGUUGUGCAAACGAAUCAGGUUGUUCAAUCGUCGACCACGACUCAGACAAAAUUAGUUAAACAGCUCGUGGUGCAACAGCAAGCCCCACCGCCAGCAGUGGAGGAAAAAGCCCCGAUCAACGCCGCCAAUGAGGCCACUGAAACGGCCACCCAGCAAGUGCUCGUACCGAACUCGACCCUGGCACAACAGCUGGCCCAGGGCAAGCUGCAGGUGGCCACUGUCAAUGGACAGCAAGUGAUCGUGAAGCCCCUGGGGAACAACCAGGCCCAGAUUGUGGCACACAUUAAGCACCAGGGGGACGGUAACGCGCACAUUGUCACCAACAACACGGCACCAGCAGUGCCCCAGGAAAGUCCGCAGAGCUCGCCGGUGAAACACUCGCAGCAGCAGGCUCUGGCGUCGCACAGCCCACAACAACAACAACAGCAGGUUGUUGUCCAGCAACAGCAGAUUGCACAGCAGUGCAGCUACGAUACUGCCGCCGCCUCCAUACCACAGCAGCAUGUGGCGACAGGAGCUGUCCAGCCACAAGGACAGACACCACAGCAACAGCAGCAGCCGCAGCAACCCAUGAGCGUGGAAGAGAGUCUUCUUCAGAAUCAGCCGCCCGGCACGGUCAUCAAAUGCGUUACGGCACAAGUACUGCAAACCGAGCACGGGCCACGCAUCGUGCUGCAGGGCCUGGUAGGCAACGACUUUACGGCCCAGCAGCUGCAGCUGGUGCAGACGCAGGUGAAGCAACAGCUAAUGAAAGCCCAAGAAUCUAACGGCAAGCUGGGAGUCCUGGGGCCAACUAAAAUCUACCUGGCCGUGCAGCCGGAGACCACGGCUCAAUCGCAACCACCUCCCCUUACCCCAGUACACCAGUCGACUACACAUCAACAACCCAACAUCGACAACGACACCACCGGGCCAACAACAACACCAACAACAACCACAACCACAACCCCAACCACAUUUGAAGCCAGCCCAAUCAUUAUAAAUAAAGCCGUAGACACUGGAAGCGAGCAGGAGCCGGCCGGCCCAUGUGCCCAGGCCGAUAAAACUAAUAUUAAAAUUAACACGCCACCCCUUGGUGCCUCUGCGCUGCUAGAGGGCAUAGAGCACGACGAAAAAUCAAUCCACAUUAGUAACACAACCAUGGACAAGGGCGGAGAGGAGAACCAAAGUGAAAGCUUUGUCAUCACCAGCGGUUACAUACAAGAGUCCAUUACAAACGCACUUAAGCAGGGCAAUCUGAGUCCGGAACUAGAAGAGAAGUUGGUCAAUAUGCGCAAGCAGCAGGAACAACCGAAUGCUGCACACAGCUUGAAUGACGGGGAUUUGUCGUCUAGCGAGGACACAGGCACUUUAAAUCGCCGCAGCACGCUAUCGCGCCAGCAAAAUAGCGAUGAUCUUGAUUGGAAAACUAGGACCGCAACGAAACGUCCAAACGCUAUGACAACAAGCAGUCAAUUUAAUCGUAUUCUUAAAAAAAGCCGUAUUCAGAAAGAAGAUAUAGUAGACAUCAGUGAACAGAAACAAUCCAAGUUAGAAAAGCACAAAGAAUUGCUUAAGAAAAGCAUCCUUCGUAAGCGAUCAUUAUUAGAACGCAACUUACAAAACGAAAUACGCGAAGAAGUACAGAAGAAAGUCCAGCGCCAUGUGCGAUCCUUAAGUGUCGCCUCACCAGAAGAGCAUAGCGAAAACGAAAGAGGAUCCAUAUUUUCCGAUCGUCGCGAUGAGCAAAAUAUUGAACAGAAGCGGUGUGUCAAGGUCAGCACCAGUCGAAAUCUCCGGGAGGAAGCCCUUGCAGACAACAGCAGACAUGGCGUCGGAAGGCCUAAGAAGUUGACAAGGAAAAAGGAAAAGCUAUAUUGCGUUUGUCGCACACCUUACGAUGAAACAAAAUUUUAUGUGGGCUGUGACCUGUGCAGCAAUUGGUUUCAUGGCGAUUGUGUUAACAUCACCGAAGAAGCUUCGAAGAAACUUUCUGAAUUCAUUUGCAUUGAUUGCAAGAAGGCACGCGAAACAGAGGAACUCUUUUGCAGUUGUCGCCAACCAUACGAUGAUUCACAAUUUUAUAUUUGCUGCGAUAAAUGCCAGGGUUGGUUCCACGGCCGUUGUGUCGGUAUACUACAGAGCGAGGCUGAGUUUAUAGACGAGUACGUAUGCCCCGAGUGUCAGCGGAAGACAGAUGCAAACGCAGUCAAUAUGAAAACCCUUACGUCCGAUGAAACUAACGAGCUAAAGGAGUUAAUUAAGCAAAUACAGCUGCACAAGAGUGCUUGGCCGUUUAUGGAGCCGGUUGAUCCGGAUGAAGCGCCAGACUAUUACAAAGUAAUUAAAGAACCAAUGGAUCUCAAACGGAUGGAAACCAAACUCGAAUCAAAAGCGUACACCAAACUCGCCGACUUCAUUGGCGAUAUGACAAAAAUUUUCGACAACUGCCGCUACUACAACCCAAAAGAAUCGUCCUUUUACAAAUGUGCUGAAGCACUGGAAUCGUACUUUGUGCAAAAACUUAAAUGCUUUCGCGAAAAUGUUUUUGGCCAGAGUAAUUAAAAGCAUUAGCUAAGCUAUUAAAUCUUAAGUUAAGCCAGUUUUGAUACGAAUGAAGUAUCUAAUCUUUUGCAACCAUAAACAUUUAACACGUGCGUUUGUUAUACCAUACAUUUUUCAUACCAUAACAGAACUAACUAAAAUUACAAAUUACAAAAU